UAAUAGCAGUGGUGUUAAAGUUACCGGACGAAUUGUUGAAAAUUUAUAUAAACAUUUAUUUAAUAUUAUGUAUCCAUCCAUGGCAUUCGUUGGUGUUCCUUGGACUAUAAUACCUUUUCCAUUGUACCAUCAACAGUGUGCUUAUGUCAGCAGUAUAUUUUCUGGCUGUAAACGUCUUCCAUCUUUUAACGAAAUGCUCAAGGAUAUCGAAAUGGAAAAGACACAAAGGUUAUUGUGUGGUGAACCAACAAGGUAAUAUAAUGAUUGUGUAUGUGGUAGCUAUAUUCUUGUUUGCACUGGUGGUAUGGAAAUUAACAAGACCGUUUCAUUCUAACAGUAGAGAUUCACCAUCUGGACUGGAUGCGUUGCGGUUACGACUAUUUGUGGUGGGGAUUACGAAGCUUCUUUUUAUUAUCGGAAAAUUUACAACAUGGUUAACCGGAAGUGAUUUGUAUGUUUUGGGGAAUAAUGUACCAUGUAAACGAAAAUCAAAAAUGACGAUUAAUGGCGUCGAUGUUUUUUACUUCAAUCGACAAGCUAGCAAAAAACAGAAUUGUUUUAUUUUUAUACAUGGCGGAGCUUUUAUUUUACCACAUAUCUAUCCAUAUGACAUGUGCUUGGGUUUUAUUGCGAAGAAAACAAACGCUUUAGUUUUAUCUAUAGACUAUCGUCUUGCUCCUGUACACACCUAUCCAGCUGCGCAUGAUGACUGUUAUAAAGCAGUUCACUAUAUACUCUCCAAUCCUUCAGAAUUUAAUAUCAACACUGAUGGCAUUGUCUUGUGCGGAGACAGUGUUGGUGGCAAUCUCGUAGCGUGGACUUGUCUUCAGCUCGCAGAAAAUCAUCCACAUCUUUCAGAGAUGGUGAAAGUGCAGAUAUUAGUCAAUCCAUUGUUGCAGUGUGCUGAUUUUUGUACCCCUUCCUAUCAAGACGCAGCUAACUAUUCAACAUACCUUCCUCCAUCACUGCUAUCUCGAUUAACUUCUGUAUUUUUAACUGGUACGGAUAAAUACGCUCAGUUGUUCCUCACCAAUAAGCUAUCUGAUCUCUUGCGAAAUGGUGACUCCGAAGUAAUCCGUAGGAAAUGCAAUAUCCCAAGAAGUGUAAUGGACCAGAUCCUCGUUCCUUUUGUAUCUGGGCUCUUUACACAGACUCUUCCAUUGAAUUACCCCCCGGUAAAAUUGUUAUCCUGUGAAUUUGAUGUAUUACUCAGUGACAGUAAAAUGUUUCAUGAUAAGCUGCUAGGUCAGAACUUGGAAUCUACGUUGUUAGAAUAUAAGACUGUACAUUGUGGGUUUUUAUUUUCGAUGGUGGGUAGAAGUGAAGAUGUGAAAAUGUUAAGAGAUAUCGUCCGUAUUGCUGAAUCAGCAUUCGCAGCGCAUAACUAGUCAUGCAUUUUGAAUUUUGCAUUAGACAAUAAUUAUAAGGAAUUUAGCAAUUUUUUGAAUAUUGAAUAUAUAUUUUUAAGGAUUUUUUUAUAUGAAUUUGCAUUACGUGUAUGGAUUUUACAUAUUUAACGUGUUAUUAAUUUUCUAGUGUUUUAAUUUAGGGGAGAAGGAGUAAAGUGGCUUGAGGGCGUUCCCUAGUUGGUUUUGUUAAAAAAAUAAAAAAACGGUAACGUUACGCAGAAUGUAAUAUUUAGGUUAAAUUUUGGGUAUAUUAAAACGAUGAUCUUAGAGUUGUAUUGAAACCUAAGUCCGUUCUAAUCGUAUUCAUAGUUGCUGUCGAAGACCGUAUUUACGUGUUUUUUGUUUGUUUGUUUGUUUGUUUGUCUGUUGUAAUUUUCACUCGACGUUUACUACAGUUUAAAAUUACUAAUUUAUUAAAGAGGUUUAAGUUUGUUCUCUCUAGAUUGUAAGGUCUAAUUUUUUUGAAUUGGUUACAUUCUGAAUUUUUGUGAAAAAUAGUGUCACAAACUGGAGUGGGAUGAGUAAAAACUAUUUCUUAGUCUGUUGGUCUGUGAAUCAGUCAUUGUGGAAAUUGUACAUGCGCUGCAGCUUUGUAGCUAAACAUGCGCAAUAUGUUUUUUUGAGUAAAUUGUGUUCACAUGAACAUUUUAAAAGCAAAUUAAAAUUUUAGAUGGUUUUAAUUGGUUAACUAGGUUUUAUUGCGUCCGAAACCGUUUAAAGAUUGAUGACUAAGACCCCGUUUACACGGAUUUUUUCAUGCUGACAUGAGUUCAUUUCGGUGUCUUAAGGAAACCCUAUUACUGUACACACGUCAAAGCCGACAUGAAAUUUCAUGCCGCCAUGAUUUCGUCCGUCUUAAGGACGGGCAUGAAAUUUCAUGUCGGGGCUUUUUAAGCAUGAUAAUACCGUGUGAGCGCAAAAUGUGUUUCAUACUGGUAUGAAAACAGCUUAUAAUAUGCACAAGUACUGCAUAAAAAAGCUGAAUGACACAUCAAAAGCUAUAUGUUCGUUUAUUGAAGGAAAUUUUUUUUGCCAGUGCAAUGGCCACCAUGUAUUUAAGAAUAAAUUUCAUUUCAUGAGUUUCAUGUCGGGUACGUGUAAACAGUGUCUAAGAUAGAGCCGCAAACUUCGUGUAAAGGCUGUUUAGUUAUCUGGGUUGGGUAAGAUAAGUUUAGUGACUGUGUGCUACAUCAAUCGUUACAUCAAUUGUUGUAUUUAGUGACACACAACAUUUUAUAUUAGAAAUGGUACCUUGCCUCUAAUCUAGCAACAGCUCUUUGGCUUUUUUAUACUGUGUUAUUUUUCUAAACAUUUUUACAGCAUAUUUUAGUCUUUUUUACUCUGUUACCUGUUUACUAAUGCUUUUAAAAAAAAUAACUGCUUUCUUUUA